UUUCGAGAUUUGUGAAGUGAGAACGUGAGUGUGUCUGGUUUGUUUCAAAAUUUGGUUCAGCGGCGCAUUUUCUGCUUAAUUUAAAUUCAUAAACCUACGGUAUACUAUGACCACAUACACCGACAAAGGCCCGAAACCAAGUGGAGGAAAAUUCCUUUCGUUCGACCACAUCACGUUCUACGUGGGUAACGCCAAACAAGCAGCCAGCUACUACACAACACGCUUCGGAUUCGAGGAUUACGCUUACCAAGGCCUAGAAACGGGAAGCCGCCAACUGGUGAAGCAUGCCGUCCGCCAGAAUCGGAUCGUGUUCGUAUUUGUGUCGGCCUACGAGCCGGGCCAUCGUGAACUCGGAGAUCACCUUGUUCGCCACGGAGACGGAGCUAAGGAUGUUGCGUUCGAGGUAGAGGAUCUUGACGCGAUCGUGCGCCGUGCCAAGGAACGCGGAGCCAAGCUGGUGCGAGACGUUUGGGAGGAAUCGGACGAUCAUGGUACGGUUCGUUUUGCAACGGUGCAGACGUACGGCGAUACGGUGCACACGUUCGUCGAGCGCCAACGCUACCGUGGUCUGUUUCUGCCCGGAUUUAAGCCCCCACUGCACGAAGACGUCCUGCUACGUACGCUUCCUGUGACUGGGUUGAACUUCAUUGACCACGUGGUUGGGAACCAACCCGAUCUGCAAAUGGAAUCGGUAGCAGCUUGGUACGAGAAGAUGCUCAUGUUUCAUCGAUUCUGGUCCGUGGAUGAUAGCCAGAUCCACACGGAAUACUCCGCUCUCCGCUCGAUCGUGAUGACCAACUACGAAGAAACGGUCAAAAUGCCUAUCAACGAGCCGGCCAAAGGGAAGAAGAAAUCGCAAAUUGAAGAAUAUGUGGAAUAUUACGGCGGAGCGGGUGUGCAGCACAUUGCGCUAAACACCAGCGACAUCAUAGCCGCGAUUCGGAAUCUGCGCGCGCGGGGCCUACAAUUUCUGUCUAUUCCGGACACAUACUACGACCAGCUGCGUGAAAGGCUGAAGUCGAGUAACGUGAAGAUCAAGGAGGAUCUGGCGGUCCUGCAGGAGCUCAAAAUUCUAAUCGACUACGACGAAGACGGUUAUUUGUUGCAAAUCUUCUCCAAGAACAUGCAGGACCGACCGACCCUUUUCAUCGAGGUUAUUCAGCGGCACAACCAUAAUGGCUUCGGCGCAGGAAACUUCAAGGCCUUGUUCGAGGCCAUCGAGGCAGAGCAGGAAAAACGAGGAAACUUGUGAGUGGAAAUCAAGAUCACCGUAACGCCAGCUGUUAUCCAUUACUUCGUUGCGCACGCAUCUAUUGUAAUACAGUAAUAAGAAUAAAGCAUCAUACAU